AUGUGUAGGUUUCUAAUUUAUAAAGGAAGGGCUUCGAUUAAAUUAGCACACUUAAUUACUAGACCAGCACAUUCUAUAAUUAACCAAUCUUUUGACUCAAGGUUAAGAAUUGAGUCAAGGCUUAACGGUGAUGGAUUUGGUGUAGGUUGGUACGAAGCUCAUAAUCAAGAGUCAGAACAAAUUGAAUCACCUUGUAUAUUUACAUCUGUUACACCUGCAUGGAACAACAAGAAUUUAUCAAGAUUAGCUGAAAAAAUAAAGAGUCAUUUAGUAUUUGCACAUGUCAGAGCUUCUAAUUCUGGUGCUUUAUCAGAAACAAAUUGUCAUCCAUGGCAGUAUGAAAGUUUAAUGUGGAUGCACAAUGGUCAUAUUCAAGAUUUCUAUAAGAUUAAAAGAAAGUUAGUUCAAUCUUUAAAAGAAGACAUUUUUUUAUUUGUCCAAGGAAACACUGAUUCAGAAUGGGCCUUUGCAUUAUUUCUAAAUCAAUUAACAGAUCCAAAGAAUGGACCAUUUGACCAUGAAAUUCUGAGAAAUGCAAUGUUAAAAACUAUCCAACAAUUAAAUAUUUGGGCUGAAGAAGAAGGAAUUAUUGAACCGUCCUUGUUGAAUUUUGCAGUGACAGAUGGAUGUUCUGUUGUUUGUACUCGCUACAUCAAUUGUAAGAUGAGAGAAGCUGCUUCAUUGUAUUUCUCAUCUGGGACAAGUUUUAUGGAAUAUAAGCCUGGACAUUAUAAAAUGUUUAAAGCCGAUAAAAGAGAAGACAUUGUACUAAUAGCAUCAGAACCUUUGACAUUUGAGAAGGCGGAUUGGUUAACCAUACCAUCAAAUACUUGUAUAGUUAUCACUCCUAAAUUAAAUGUUUUGCUAUAUCCUAUCAAAGAUCAAUUCUACACUCUCGACAGAUCAAAAAGAAAACCAAUCAAUCAAUCUUCUUAA